GCGAGACCGACACCUCUCCCACCAGCGCAGAUAACACAGCCAUCCACCUCCCCGUCCCGCACACAGCGCGCACAGAGAACACUGUGCGCUUUACCCCAGCAGACACCCGCUUUUGAUGGAGAUGCACCUCCUGCCUUCCCUCCCCUCGCCCCACGGCCUCUCUCGGUUCUCCUCUCUCGCAUCGCUCUCCCCGUUCCACGCUUUCCCCGCCAUUCGCGCUCCCCAAUUCUCUCGCGCGCGUCCCCUCGUGUUCCGCCCCCUGACUGCGCACGAGCCUCCUCACCCUUUAAACCACCCGCGCUUUGCCCUCCUUGCGCAAACUCUCCCCACCCCCGGCUUCUGCUCGUGCCCGCGUGCCCCCACUUCCGCCGACUCUCCCUUCCGCUGCGCCCCCGCAGCGAGCGGAGACUGGCGGAGGCGGUCGGAUGCACGCGUGUGGGCGCACCAGGCGGCAUGCGCGGAUGGGGCAGGGGGGCAGGCGGAAGGGCUUGCGGAGCGGAACGGUGGCGCGAACGGUAACGACUGCAGCUGGGCGCCGCCGCGGCUGAGCGUGGCGCCCAUGAUGGACUGGACGGACUGCCACUACCGGCAGCUGGCGCGGCUGAUGAGCCGCCACACGUGGCUGUACACCGAGAUGGUGGUGGACAACACGCUGCUGCACCAGCAGCCCCACCUGGAUCGGUUCCUGCUCUCCCCGCGCUCCCAGCGCCCUGUGGUGCUGCAGCUGGGGGGCAGUGACCCUCCCUCGCUUGCAGAGGCCACUCGCCUGGCGCUGCCAUAUGCAUAUGAUGAGAUCAACCUCAACUGCGGCUGUCCCAGCCCCGCUGUGUCGGGCCACGGGUGCUUUGGUGCCCGCCUCAUGCUCUCACCGAAGCUGGUGGCGUCCAUCUGUGCGGCCAUGGGCGAGGUAGCGGGGGCAGCAGGCGUGCCGGUGACAGUGAAGUGCCGCAUUGGCGUGGACGACUGCGACUCGUACGAGCAGCUGCACGAAUUUAUAUCCACCGUGUCCUCCUUCUCCCCCGUGCGCCACUUCACCAUCCAUGCGCGCAAGGCGCUGCUCAAAGGCCUCUCGCCCGCCCAGAACCGAACUGUGCCGCCCCUCAGAUAUGAGUAUGUGUUUGCAUUGCUGCGUGACUUCCCCUCCCUCUCCUUCACUCUCAAUGGCGGUGUCACAUCAUUACAACAGGCCAGUGUCCUACUAGACAAAGGGGUGCACGGUGUUAUGAUCGGACGGGCUGCCUACAACACUCCAUGGCACAUCCUCUCCACUGCUGACGUGGCCAUCUUUGGGGCACACAGCAACCCCCUGGAGUCAAGAAGAGAGCUGCUCCAUCUGUACGCGCAGUACUCUGACUCGGCCAUCAACCAGUUUGGCCCAGGAAGGCCCAACGUCCGCACGCUGGUCAAGCCCCUACUGGGUCUUUUCCACUGUGAGCCAGGGGCGGGCAAGUGGAGGCGACUCAUUGACACUGAGAUACGACAAGCUAAGACCAUCGACCACCUCCUCUCGCUUACCCUGCACGCCUUCCCUCCUCACGUCCUCGACGCCCCUCCCUCCUCCUUUCUCUCACACCCAACCUCACCCUCUUCCCCCACCCUAGCCACACCACCCCCUGCUCCUGCCCCUGCUCUCUCUGCGGGUGGCUGACUCAUGUAGGAGGAUGUAGGGUAUAUGGGAGUGCGAUGUAGAGGAGUGGAGUGUGGGGGUGAGAAAAGUAUGGGAGGGGAGUGGAGUCCAGAGGAGGCGACAGGCUACAGGCUCUACAUUUUCUAAGCUGACAACGGUACACAUGAGCAUAGGUUUUUAAAAUUCUGUUGGCUGUAGGCAGUAGGUGCUUCAAUGUCAAUAAAUACAACGCCAACUAUAAACGAUGAAGCUACAC